AUGUCCUCGGAUAUAAUAAAAGAGACUUUCGAAGUGAGCCCAGCACAUCCGGUAAGCCCAAACAAGGAAAUUUUAGAGUUUUAGGACAAAGUAGUUGUAAACGGAUGUGAUCUUGUCAAUCGGACUCAACUUUCUAAUUCCCAAAACCGAGAACUUCAACGUUUUAUCGAUCGAAAUAACCAUCGACUCGGCUUUUACGAUCGUCCACAAGGUAUGUAUACAAUACAAUUUAUUAUUUUUUUGUGGUAAGUUUUUUUGUUUUGGUUCCACAUUUGCUGUGCUGAAACCUACAGAUUUAGUUGAAUUGACAUUUUCUUACCUCCGGUAAUCGUGUAAUUUUGUUUCACGCAAUUUUGUCUGAUUUUUCAUAGAAAUUAGCAAUGCCUUAGUAAUCGUGCGUAACGUAACGUCGAGCAGAUGUAACGGUUUCUAAUUUUAAGACGAGAAGGAAGAGGCUCCUCCAGGACGCUAUGCUUCCCUUGGGUUCGGGACUCUAAACAGUAGUCGUCCUUAUGGCUAUGAUGGAGCGGAUCACGCGAGUAAAGAGAGAGUAGAAAGUCCGUUUUCUGAAUAUGGAACUUAUGGAAGCAAGAGGUAUCCAAACUUUGCAUCUCUAAAUAAUAUUUAUUUUCACUUACAGAAAGGGUGUAAAAUUUGCUGACGGCGUUGACUCCUCUCGUGCUCAAUCUGCCAAUCCAUUUGGAAGUGGAUAUAAAAGUGGAACUGGAAGUGGAAAUGAGGGAAAUGACGGAUUUGGACGAAGAGGAUCUACUUCUGGAUAUGGCCAAGGAAAUCAAGGAAUUGGAGAUAAUUACGGCAAGAACAGAGGAGGAAGCGGGAAACAGGCUCAUCCCGACAAUUAUGAUCCUUACGGGACAAACAGAGGGAACAAGAAUCCUAGAAGUCGAACGCAAAGCCCGGCAGCAGAUGCCUUCAAGGUAAUGGUUUUACUGUUCAAAGAAAAUACAAAAUAUGAGGCAUAGCGAAACUUCGCAAAGUUUAAUUUAAAAUUAUUUCAGUGGCGUCCGUACCAGAGUUACGAAUACGACGGAAAGAAGAAUACUGUAGCUCCACCCAUUCCUCAAUGGCUCAAAGAUCGCAGCAUUACCCCGGCUUAUUCCACACUCCAGAAACACCCUGUAAGUAUUAUUUUUCUCAGUACAUAAGUACAAAAUUACCAAAUUUUGAUUAGAAAUAUGUAUGCAGAAGAGAAAUAUAACUAUAUAUAAUAUAAUAUUUCUGGAAAACUUUUUAAGAAACGUGAAAACUUACUGAAGCCCUAGGAAUAGAAAAGCGCCUUACAGUAACCUGACUUCAAAUUUUAUUUACUUUGUUCCUUCUAUUCAUCUUUUUAUCAUCGCAGGGUCCAAUCUCACUGAUAAACCCACCGGUCUUUACCGUAUUCUGUUUAGGAUAAUUAUAACAAGUACGAUACCGAGAAACAUCGGCAUCAGUUGGCCAGACAAUCUCAAGAAAGGGACGAAGAAAUAAAAUUCUAUGGCUUUGGAGAUCGUCUUGGAUCCGGAAUUGAAUUAACCAGGAAACGGUGGACUGGCGGGGAACUGAUUACUGAUCCCACUUUUAUCACCAAAUCCAUUAAACCAAGAACAAUCUUCUACUCUCCCAUUGGUGAUGGUGUGGUCGCUGCGGAUGGGAUUGAGUUGAGAAGAGGACCACCCGAUCUGACCCCCAAGAGAUACGAAUAUCACGAGAAAGUGAUCGAAAAGGGAGAUCAAGGACGUGGGGGAUUGAGAGUUACUGAGCAAAGAUGGGACGGUAAGCUCAUUGCGACCUGGUAUUUACUUAUUAUGAAACUAUAUAUACAUACAAUACGAUUUACUCAUAAAUUUAGACGGAAACCGCGGUCUUGGAGACGAGGACGAUGGCCGUGGUCGUGGUGAAUGGCCAGAUAAUGGAGACGACGGCAGAGGACGAAAGGGACCCUUCGGAGAUGAGGAUGGAAGACGCAAAGGAUGGCCAGAUGACGGAGGAUGGCCAAACAAAGAAGCCGGCGAUCCAUUUGGAACCUUGGGAUCUGCGGACGGUGGAUAUCCUAGGUCUUUCAGCCGUAAGUUGGAGAAGAGCUAGCUCCCAAAGUCUACUACUUUCAUUUAACCAUUGAAAUCUUCAGCGCUUUCUAUUGGCACUGAUGGAUUCCCUCGAGAAGGAUGGACUAAGACUUUUAUUACAAACCCCAGAGAAUUAAUCAACCAGUAUGGAAGCGAGACAUUGACAACCAUCUUCGACCUCAAGGAUCACACUCCAAAGACGAUGACAACUGUUAAGGAGACCAUCAGUCCUGUCCCUUGA